AUGGAUGAGGCAACGAGAAAAGGUGGGAUUGUGUGUGUGAGAGAGAGAUGGCUGACUUUGGUCUGCAGCAUGCAUACUAAAGAACUGGAGAUGUCUCUUUGGGGCUGCUUUCUCAAGGACCUUGUUGCUGUGGGAAUGUUCAGGGUGGCAGGAGAGGAUAUAGAACAUCCUUCCUAACGUGCGCUAGCAAGUUUCUUUAUGUAGCAGAGUUUACAUUCCCCUUUUACAUGCACAGCAGAUAGCUGGUUGCAGGCUUGUGUAAGCCUCUCACUACAUAUUCCUGGUAAGUUCCUUUAAUCCCUUUUAAAAGAAUAAACACAUGACAAUCUUACUCAAAGUCAAUAAAAGAAGUUUACUCACAUCAGUUCACGGUUGGAUCCCUGAAGGCAGACUUAGUUACAAAUAUCUACACGUGGAUCUACCCCAGCGGUUCUCAACCUGUGGGUCCCCAGAUGUUGUUGGACUACAACUCCCAUCAUCCCUGAGCUCUGGCCUUGCUAGCUAGGGGUGAUGGGAGUUGUAGUCCAACAACAUCUGGGGACCCACCGGUUGAGAACCGCUGAUCUAACCCCAUAUGGGGGAAUAAUCCCAGUUCUUCUGCCAGCUGAGAAGCUAGCAGGACCAUUCCUAGCUAAGAUGCUGGUCAAACGACGAAGGAAGUGAAAAAGAGAGAGUGUGUUGCGUGCCUUGUCCUUUUGUUACCUGGACAGGUAAGGUCACGCCCACCUACUAGUCACAUGCAAAUGGAAGGAUGCUCCAGCCAGGAGGAAACAGGAAGUUUUCGACUGGCUGGACCAAACAUUCCCCUGCAUGUCCACUCUAGGAAAACAAGGAAUGCUAUACUUGACUGCUCCCAGUGGAUUACGUCCCACAAUUGUCUCCUUUUACACCAGAAUAAGAGGCACCCUCAGCCCUUUUUCCAUGUUAGGGCACAGCCUGCAAUCCUACUGCAAUGAAUGGGAACUGCAGCCCUGCCUGGCUUGACCCAGCUAGGCUUAGAGUCAUAGAAUUGUAGAGCUGGAGGGGAACCCAAAGGUCAUCUGGCUCAACCCCCUCGCACGGCAAGAAUCCCAAGCAAAUCUUUGCAAAUGCAGGGGCCCACCAGGAGACUAGGAAAGGGCAACCUCCAGCAUCUCUAGUAAAGUUGCGAAUGCGCUGCCUGAAACCCUGGAGAGCUGCUGCCAGCCAGUGUGAGAUACAUGGAAGUAUUGCAGAACAACAUGCAAAAGAGGAAUGAAGUCCAGUUUACAUCCACCGCUAACACACUGUUUUUGCAACAAUUUGUUUGUUUCAUAAAACUUACGUGCCGCUCGGUUGUAGAAAAACCCCUCCUCAAAGCAGCUUACAAAAAGAUAAAAUAAUCAAGAAAAAUUUAUAGCAAUAGGUUGUAAACAGGUUAAGUGACAUAUUGCAAAAUAUACGUGAUAUUAUGAUUAUUUUAUUAUUAUGCUGUGUAUUCUGUUUUUAUAACUAUGCUGAAUAAAUUACAGUGGGACCUUGGUUCUCGAACGCUUUGGUACUUGAACAUUUCGGCUCCCAAAUGCAGCAAACCCAGAAGUAAGUGUUCCGGUUUCUGAAUAUUUUUCGGAAGCCAAAUGUCCGAUGCGGCUGUCAGCUAUCGUUUCCGGGGUGCCUGUGCCAAUUGGAAGCCGCGCCUUGGUUUUCGAACGUUUCGGAAGUCGAACGGGCUCCUGGAACAGAUUACGUUUGAGAACCAAGGUAUCACUGUAUGUUCUCUGUGUUGUACGCGGCCCUGAGAUCUUUGGAUAAAGGGCAGCCUAUAAAUUGGAUAAAUCAUUUUGUGCAUGCGCGCGCAUAAAUGCGCACUAACCCCUGCCAAAGCAGCAGCUGCGCCCCAUCUGGAGAGUCCCUUCCUGUCAUUUUGCAAAUUGUCCUUGACACCUGACUAGCGGAGAAGCCACGAACUCACCAAUUCAUUAAGUCUCCAUUGCAAUUUGCAACACCCCCUGGCUUCCGCGGGCGAGUUUGCCGCCACGACUUGAGCCUACCCAACCCCUUUCUCGUUCUCAGCGGAACAGCAAGCCCUGAAGCUGGCAGAGGCCAUCAGCGGAGGGGACGAGGGGGCAGCCCAGGAGUGUGCCGCCUGGCUGGCCCAGCGCCGUGCCCCCGUCGUGGUGCAGCUACAGCAGGACGCCUACCCCACGCAAGACAUCAGGUGACGGACUGCGCCACGGAAGGGCCGGCGAAUAGCUGAGAGCAAUCGUCAAUGGGUAGAGAGGGCAGUUUCAUAGAGCAGGGGCAGGGGAAUGCUUUUUGGGGGCCGGAUUCACUUUCGAGGGCCUGGUGGGACACUGUCACAAGAGACUAGGGAAUGAUGUGGCGAGACUCCUUACAGGGAUCACAUUCAUCCAGUGCUUUACCAACUUCACUGGCUCCCGGUGGAGUACAGGAUCAGGUUUAAGCUGCUGGUUUUGACCUUUAAAGCCCUAUGCGGCCUUGGACCCUCGUACCUACAGGACCACCUCUCCUGGUCUGCCCCGUGGAGGACCUUAAGGUCUACAAAUGACAACAUUUUGGAGGUCCCAAGACGCAAGGUGGUUAGAUUGGUCUCAACUAGGGCCCAGGGCCUUUUCAGUACUGGCCCCGACUUGGUGGAACGCUCUGUCACAAGAGACCAGGGCCCUGCGGGACCUGACAUCUUUCCGCAGGGCCUGCAAGACAGAGCUGUUCCGCCUGGCCUUUGGCCAAGGCACAGUCUGACCCCCUCCUUUGGCGAUCCUCGUAAAAUGGUUGCCAUUUGAUUUUGAAUUGAUUUUAAAAUGCUGUUUUACUUUUAUUGCUGUUAGCUGCUCUGAGCCUGGCUUCUGCUGGGGAGGGCGGGAUAUAAAUAAAAUUGAUUAUUAUUUAUUUAUUAUUAUUUCCAGGCAGUCUUCCAGGGGCCGCAUGGUGGGCAGGGAUGGCAGCAAAAGUGGGCAGAGCAACAGAUGUAGAUUUUGCACCUUUAUACCCUCCUCUAGUUUCUACACACCCUCGCAAACCCUUCAUUCUCCUUUCAUCUGGGAAGGGGGGGUGGCCUUGGAAAGGUAUUGAGGGCCUGAUAAUGAGGGCUGGAGGGCCAGAGCUUCCACACACCUGCCAUAGCAAAACGCAGCGUGACCAUGAAAGGCCGAAGGUGGAGGUGGGUGAAGGCAUCUUCAACCGGCUCAUGUGGAGUUGGGUGGUUAUCUCAGGACAACCCUAAGGCGACAGCCCUCAGACUCCUGGUUGUCUCUGGGGUAUAAAGGUGUCUGCAAGGAGGAGUGGGCAGACACAAUUCAGUGACAGGGUCUAAUGGAUCGUUUCCUUUCUUCUCCCAGGCUGUGGGUGGGUGUGGAAGAUGCCCAGAUGAGCACCGUCCGAUUUACCUGA